AUGAGUCGUAACACUCAAUUAAUAUUAGGUCGUCAAGAUGAUGAUAUAUUUAUUCCAUCGACAAUUCCAAGUACAAAUGAUGAUGUUAACCAAUUAGAAGAACGUUUUACUAAAUUAUUAUAUAAUGAAAAUGCACUUGAAACUGGUUUAUGUCCAACACGUCGUCGUAUAUAUGACGAUUUAUUCAGUGAACUUAUUCGUAUAACCAAAGUUCAUUGUUUAGAACGUGGUGUUUUACUUGAACGAGUUAAAAAUGAACAUACACAAUGGAUGAAUACAUAUGAAGAGUUAUAUUCAAGUAGUAUGGGUUAUGGAAUGCGACAAUAUUUAUAUAGAAUGGAAGAAGAAAAAAAAUUAGAAUCAAAUAUAAAUGUUUUAGAAAAUGAAUGUCAAAAAUUACGUGAUGAACUUGAAAAAGAAUCAGUUAAAUUUCAAGAUUUAAGUGAACAAGUUAAUCAAAAAAGAUUAAAUGAAACUAAGGAACAACGUGUAUUACGUAGUAAUGCUAGAUUUUUAAAAUCAACAAAAGCAAAAACUCGACUUAAUCUUGAAAAUACAUUAAAUCAAUUAUUAGCAUCACCUAUUUUUCUUGGCGAACCAAUUGAUUAUCAGAAAAAAACAACAUAA